GGUCAUGGCAGUUCCUUUGGCGCCUUGGCAAAACUUAUCAAAUCUUGUCAGGACUGUAUGACGUCAAGAGUCUACAAAUAAAAGCUCAGAUACAAAUGGAACACGAUAUCAACAUAUAUAGAAGUAUCUAGCAUCCAAAGAAGUCUUACAGAGGUUGUUUGUAAUGCCAGAGAGCCUAGGAAGAGCCCAUAUCUUAAACAAAAGAAGUGCAGCCUAAAGUUUGCACGAGCACACAAGAUUUGACAGUUGACCAGUGGUGCUGGCUGCCUUUCUGCCAUAAAUGGAAGAUGGAAUGAGGAAGGGAUAUACCAAAAAGAAUGAUCUCAAGCAAAUAAAACAUACAUUGACGAUGUCCAGUGGCAGGGUACUCCAAAUCAGGAUAAUGCUAUAUUGCUACUUUCCCCCUUUCCCGGCUGGUUAUGGAAUGGUUUACAAAAAGAGCUUCACCGUAGUGGACAGGCCUCCAAAGUCACCAAACUUCAACCCCAUUGAGAAUCUUUAGGAUCAUGUCAAUACAUUUGUCCAAGCGUCAAAUCCCUCUAUUGACCUCAACUAAAGCUAUUGAGCAUGGCUUUAUGUAUAACUUGAUAAAAGCAUGUACUGUAGAUGUAAAGCUGUGAUCCGAACGACAAGAAGACCCAUUAAAUUUGAACCUUUUUACCCUUUUUUCUGGUAUACCAGAGGAUCCACUAAAUAUUGAACCUAGCUUUUGCAAUAGUGGCAAAUAUUUAACUUUUUGUGGGGGAAACAUUUUCAAAAACUACAAGAGAACCAGUUGCAUUUCAACCACAAAAUAUGUCCCACACAAAACCUUAGUUUCAACUAACAAUUUAAAGUUGUUCUAUAAUAAGACUAACUGACCAAGAAAUAUUUCUUUCACUUUGAAACGCAGCAUAAAUUGUCUCUUCAAAACAUCUGCCUGACUUAGCAACAAAACGCAGAACAUGGCGUCGGGCACUGCUCCCAAUAACCAAGACUUUUCGCUGGCAGCCACAGUCUUGGAAGCAAUCGACGAAAAGAAUUUGUUUGAGAUUCUCAAGAAAAAUGACUUUACGGACAAAGUCCUUAACUAUAUGGAAACGGAAAACGAAAUGCGCAACGAGUUACAGACUUUAAAAAUUUCAAGAGGAGUUGCAGUUAAAUUUAGCAAGCAAUGGUUCAAACAAUGGAAAUUAGCUUCAGGAAAUUUGGAAACUGCUGAACGCAAUGCAAACAAAUAUUCAGAGCUGAUGAUGUCCCAGAGAGCUGCACAAAUACUUGUAACAAUGAAACUGGAUGAUUUAUACAGAAUUGAAAAAGAUAAAUGGGAAGUGGUGCUCAGGACACAAGGGAAAUUACAGCUCAUUGAAGCGAAUGAUGUGGAAAGCCAUGUUAAAAAUCCCCUUACGAAGAUGUUUAAUGAAUGGAAAGAAAAACAGGUCACACAAAACAAAACAGAUUCCAUGAAGACAGUGGAUGUUCAGGUGCUCCGUACGAAUGUGAGAAACAGUUUAAAAGAUCUUAAUUUCAAAGAAAAUAGUUUUAUUCUGAUAGCAAACAAAGUUCCACAAGAAUACAGAGACUCGAACAUUUUAGCAUUUUUAAAAAUGAUACCUUGGCUUGCGGUCUUUGAUCUGUUUGACAUUAAAACAGAGAAGGAUGGCCUUUAUUUUAUUGUAAAUGAAACAAAUGAUCGAGGAAAACCAAUAAAGAAAGAACUACAUGACUUCAGUGAUUCCAAAAAAAAUGAAGAACUCUUAAAAGUUGAUACAACUUGGAUCACCCGUGGUGAGGAGUUUCAUGAGAAAAACUGGACACGAUAUUCCAAAGACUCGUUGUACAAAGCGUUGUCAGCCUUCUGUGACUGCCCUACGGGACGUCCCCAUUGUGUUUUUCUUUUGAUGAGUGACACAAAUUUGCAAGAAAUGGCUGAUAUUAUCGAGGCAUCGUUCACCAUUAUCCAAGGAAACGAUGCUCAUAAGCAUAUCAGUGUCAUAUCCGAUAAGAAAGAACUUGGAGCGAAGUUAGCAGAUGAACUAAAAAAUGACAUCAAGAGGGACAUGAAGCCUCCAUGCUCCGUGUUCGGAAUUCCGAUAAACAUUCUCAAGAACAUAGUGAUGAAGCAACUUCGUGCAGGUGAGCUAGAAGAGCCUGACGCAACCUCUGAGCUUCCCUACUUAGAUGGUUGUCAUCGACCAGUUCCAAACAAAAGAAUUACGUCACUCACAGAUUUAGAAGUUUAUCUUCCAGACCCCAAAUUAAGUAAAGAGUUGGAGGAUAUUAGAAAAGCAAAAGAGAACUUUUACAAGGGCAACGCGAUCAAUCAAAUGAACCUCUUUUACAACGAUGCAAUUCACCGAACCCUGGAAAAAAGGCUUUGUCAUCGUGUUGAUGAAAGUUUGAAAAAUUUGUCAUCUCUCGAUGAAAUCGAAUAUUUUGUCGAAACUGUGACAUUGCGAUAUGAAUCUGGUUCAGGAGCAACAACUCUUGGACGGCAGAUCCUAUGGAAGAAAAGAGAAAUUUACAGAUGUGCUGUAGUAAAAAAGAUUACCGAGACAACAGAUUAUCAGAUCAGCCAGCUACAGAAAUUUCUCUUUGAAACAUCGGAUAUCAGCCACUUUCAGAUACCACCAGUUUUGAUACUCCUCGAUAACUUUCCCGAACAGCAAGUUCAUCACCUCAGCGACAAACUUACAAAAAGUAAAACAAAAUGCAUUUUUCUAAGCACGGUGCCUGUUGACAAACAAACACAUACUGAUGACGACAAUUUUACCCUUGGGAAGCUAGAUGUCACUGAAACAAGUCUCGUACACGGGGUUCUCAGUACCUUACAGAAUGAGCGCAUAUCAGAAGCAGUCAAAGUUUUAAGCCGCGAACGAAGAUUCGUGUGGCUUGGAUUGGAACUUUUUGGACGCAAAUAUGCUGACAUCAAAACACGGCUGGCAAAACAUAUUGAGCAAAUUCUAUCCAAAAGCCUGCAUAAAUUGAAACAUGCAUUUCAGAUGAUUCUUCAUUACAGCUGUCUGUUAGACUACUACAACAAACGACGAUCUAUAUUCCCUCAUCCGUGUGUUGAAGUUAUCCUCUAUUUCGAGGAUGAAGAGGAAAAAGGAAUAGAUAAAAUUCAUGACAAAUUUGGCGGACUUCUGUUGGAAGAUAGAAAUGAAUAUGUGGGAUACUAUGGAUGGAGACCAGCGCACACACUGGUAGGAGAGGUUGUAAGAGAAGGGAUCGACUUAUUUGAAACUGCCAAAAAGCUGAUGGAACAAAUCAAAAAUAAGAGCACGUACGUGAACAAAUUUUUGACUGAGGAUAUUGUAACAGUUUUUCUUCACCGUGAAAAGAUUGCAGAAAGUCAGUCUGAUGAUAGCGGAGCUGAUACUGAUAGCGAUGGCAUUGAAGAUGAACUUGUUGGAAUUUUAGAAAAAAGAACUAAGUAUUCCAAACUUAUCCUGGAUGUUUUACCCAAUCAAGAAAUGGAAAACGUGCGAAAAGCAUUGGAUCUUUUGAUCACUUUGAAUGAGACAGUACAACUUACGCAUCACAAAGCUCACACCCUUCAACAAAUAGCAAGGAUGUUUGCUUACGAAAUUCAAAUUAAUCCUAUUUCAGAAGAACUUCAUCCUAUUAUAGAACGCUUAGAUAGAAUUGUUGAAAGGGAUUAUCGUUCAGCUGACUUGCCAGAAAAUGGCUUUGAUACUGCACAAAGAGUUAUAGAUGAAGCGAUAAAACUUCAAGUGUCCCUUCUCCAUCAUUUAGUGACCAAAGCAACAUUUUACAGAAUCAAGUUGAAGUAUCUACAACAAAAAUUCUCCGAAAAUGACCAACUAAAAGUUGUCAUGGAGGAUGCAAUGAAGACAACCAGAAAAGGGAUUGACCUUUAUGAAGAUACAUUAAAGACAAAAGAUCACGGUAGCUACUUGCAUGCCAUAAUUGGAAAAAUCCAAACAAUGGUUGUGGUCGUAGAAAUGUUCAAAAAGCUGCCUUAUUUUGUAAAUCAUUCCGAUGGCGCUGACGAAAGUUUCAAAAAUUAUCUGACUUAUCACAAUCAUCCUCCAGAGCUUGUUUCACUUUUAAGCGAAGACAAUAUGGAGUACUUUAUUUAUCUAACAACAAGUGCUGUUCAAGAUUUUAACGAUUUUUUUGGCGAAAUACAAAUUAGACGAAAACUAUCUUACAAAAAGCAUGAAUUUCAAGAAUUAGAAAAUGCCAAAAUCCGAGCAAUGAAGUUACGAACAAGAUUCUACGAAGUCACGAAACUUGAUAGGACAGCCAUUCAAACUGAAGAGUCUGUGUUGAAGGAGGACAUUGUCAAUGAUCUCUUGUACAAACUACACGAAACACCUUACAGUUCUUGGGCGAGGCUCUCUUCACAGCACAUUGAAAAGAUAUACAACCUACUAAAAGGGGCAGUUCCACGAGAGACUAGAAGUCGCAAUGCCAUGUUGAUCUAUGUAAAAGCAGCAGUUCAACAAGAUAUCAGUGUUGAUAAAUUAUUGGAAAUGAUCCAAAAUUGGUGCAAGAAGUAUCCUGAUUCAGACUGGGCACAUAUGUAUAAUUACAUGAUUCAUUUCCCAAUUCCAAACGGUUCACUGAAAACCAAUGUUGACACAGUCAAGCGUUCUAUUAAUAUAUGCCGGAUGAGAAUCAUGCAAACUAGCACAAGAUCACGAAGAUCUGGCGCCGAUUAUUUAUUAGGAAAGGGGAUUGGUGCAAAAGCAAUCAUUCUGCCUCACGUUGUAGAUGACAACGACCAGGAAACUAAAAGUGAAAUCCCUCACAGCCGUUCCGUUCAGCUUGAAACAAAAUUUUGGCGGAGCAAAAUAGUGUUCGAUAAACUAGAACGUUUGAAAGGCAAAAAAAUCAAAAAGGGCGUGUUGAAUUACAAAGGAAUCGAAAUUCCAUUUGAUAACGACAGAUAUCCGCACGAAAGUCGUGAUGAUUUAUUGUUUUGCUUGGGAUUUACCAUUACAGGACCAUAUGCUUAUGAUCCCAUUGAUAAAGAUACAUACGAAGCGUUGGAGAAAAAAUUCAAAGAGGAAAUGUAUACUUCACAGAAAUAUGCUGUCGCACAAAUCAAAGCACAGAAAAACGGUUCCUCCUCAAGGGAGCCGCAUGCGUCAAAUGCAAAAAUAACAAAACUAGACCAAAGUAGGCAUCCAAGUACAGCUCAUCAAGACUCAAAACCAGGAACCAGCAAUUCAUCUAGUUCUCAGCAUUCCACAAACCUAAAAACAGCUGUAGCAAAUACUAAACACAUCAGAACGGUACGAACAACAGAAGGUGAUCAAAAAACAUUUCGUCCAAUUGGUGUUACAAAAGAUGGAUACAUCUAUCACGGAGCAAAAGUUCGAGGAGCAGAUAAAGCAGUUCAAUGUAAAUAUCACAAAAAAGGGGAAAUUCCUCCAAGAUGCAAAUUUGCCCAUCCAUGGAAGAAUGAUCCAGUCAGGCAAACCAUAUGUGAACUAUGUACAAAAAAUAGACGGCCAGAAUGCAUAAAGAAAGCAGAACAUGAAAAAUAUCAUCACGACCUGGGACCAUACAUAAAAUUAUAGGGUCAACUUGACGUGAUAUUGUGUAUCACUCUCCUUCUUGAGCUCUCUUGUGCAUAACCAUCAAAAACUGUAUUGCUGUUCUAUUAAAUUUAUGAAAAUAGAAAAAGUUUUUAGCUGAUAAUAUAAUACCGUGUAUGACAUGAUUUGACACUCAUACGUUGCUUGUUUGACAUUAUCAUAAAUCGCCGUUGCGAGUAAAGUAUAUUGCUGAAAAAAAGUUCCAAUUUUGAAAUGUAUGGAAAUCUCAAAGGAAUUCAUUAUAAAGAGUAGUUAACAUAGAAAAACGAAAUUAGCAGCAUUACAAGCACUCUCGCACUAAUAUUUGACAUUGCUUUGUGUCUACUGCGCAGACGUUAAACUUCGUAAGAAGUUGUUUCCUGUAAAUAUUCUGAAUAAUUGUCUUCCUAUGCGGAAGGAGUUCGUUCUUCGGUAAUAAGCGACAAUAUCCUUCAGUA